CGGAAGUUCAUUUUGAAAAGAUUGUAUUUAUGUAACGAGUGGAAAUUGACUCGUGUUGCUGGACUUUCAUAAGAAAACACACAAAAACCUUUUUGUAAGAUAAACGAACGAUUGUGUGAGGAUACUUUGUUCUAAUCAAGCGUGGACGUAAACAGUUAUUGUGGCUGUGGAGCCUUUAAAGACAACAUUACAACCAAGACAUGAAACAAUGUCAGGGAUUAUUGUAUACUAUGAUAAAGACAAUAUACCAACCUUAUGAAUGUUCUAUUAUUAUUAUUAUGCUUUUCGCCAAACAAACUAAUGUGAUACACAUCUCUGUUUUAUUGGUUUUCUUUCUCCUUGAUGUCACACUCCUCCCUCUCCUCAGUAACAUCCGUCUCCCUCUCAUCAGCAGAAAGGCUGGAGUGACUCCCUGCGGCCGAUGGACAGACACGGAAACGUAAAGGUCAGAGGACGGAGGCCCUCUCAGCUCCCACUGGACAAGCCACAAAACUCCCAGGAGCCUUUGCACCAACCCGGGUCGGUCCGCAAGAGUCACAGGAGGAAAGGUACGUUGGUGUGCGGCGGUAACGGGGCUGGCAGCAGCUCCAUCUACUCUGUUGCCAUGGUGGCGAUCCCCGACUGCGUCGAUAAUGGCACGCAGACAGACAUCAGCUUCCAGAACAUCGUGCCGCUGGGGAGGAGCAGAGGUCACCACCAGCAACACCACCACCGCGGCUCCUCCUCCCCUCCACCACCCCCGCCCUCCCCUCCCCUCCCUCACCUCGUGGAACCAUAUGGGAUCAAUGAGUUCUGUGUGUUUGAGUACAACGACCCUGAUGACUACUUUGACGUCUCCAACCAUGAGGUGGACAGACAGGAUGACCUGGAGUAUGAG